GAGAUUUAGUGGAUUUUUGGCAGGCCUAAUCAAAUUGAACAUUAGACACAUCAGUUGAUGUUUGCGUGCUCUAUUCUCGAAAGAGUUUGUCAUGGAGAUUUAUCCAGUCAGAUACCCAUAUAUUUUGUUUCAUCCCUGGGCUAUAUGGUCUACCUCCUAAUUUUAGAUUACAGCUUUAAGGAUGUGGUUGCUUGAGAUUUAGUGGGUUUUUGGCAGACCUAACCAAAUUGAAUAUUAGAGACAUCUGGUUAUGGUUGCGUGGUUUGUUCUGGAGCUAUCUUGAUUAUGUGGAAAAAUGAGAUUGUGCUGGAAAGAGAUACAGGACGUCCUCGUGGAUUCGGGUUCGUAACCUUUGCAGACCGCCGGGGAAUGGAAUCUGCAAUCAGGGAAAUGCAUGGAAGGGAGGUUGGUGAUCGCAUCAUCUCAGUGAACAAGGCCCAACCCAAAAUGGAGGGUGAGGAUCCAGGCCAUGGCUAUAGUGGAGGUCACUCAUCCCGUGGCAGGGGCAGCUAUGGGGGAGGGGAUAGGUCUGUAGCGCAGGAUGAGUGCUUCAAGUGUGGGCGCCCAGGGCACUGGGCUCGAGAUUGCCCAUCAGGUGGUGGUGGCCGGGGCAGUCGUCCACUCUCCCCACGACCUAGGUUUGGUGGGACUGGCGGCCGUGCUGAUCGGUAUGGAGGCCGUGAUCGAUAUGUGGAUGAUAGAUUUGAUGGUGGGCGUUAUGGUGAUAGGGAUCGCUAUGACAGCAGAGACACGUAUGGGAGCCGUGAUCGCAAUGUUAAUGACAGGUACCCACCAAGCGGAGAUCGUUUUGCAAGCGACAGGUAUGGGGGUUCUGACCGUUACCCUCAAAAUGGGUAUGGCACAGGCUAUGAAAGGGAUGGAGGUCCAAGUGGGAGUAGUGACAGGUAUGGCGGCGGAGGGCCAGCCCGGUAUGAGGGAAAAAGCUUCAGGGACAGGCAAGGUCCUUAUGACCGUCCUAGGAGGGUAGGGCACCCAUCUUCAUUUGAACGCUACUGAAGUCUUAAUUGUUUCCGCUGUUGUUAUACACCUUUUGGAUGUUGCAUAUAAGCUGGGUAUUUAUGUUUUUGGCUAUUUUUUGAAUAGAGGAUUGUGCACUUUGUAAUGAGCUUGGGGAUUUACAGAUGCAAGUUAGCAUGUUUGGUUUCCUCCUCUUAUUCUUGGCUGGCAUGAACUGCAUAUGGCUGUGGUUGACAGGGGAUUAGAUAUUUGGGUUUUCUGCAACUAAAUAUCAAAUGAUUCGAAUAUUGCUUUUUUUU